AUGAUCGCUCCUUUCUUGACUCUGUUGUCUCUUCCGCUCGUUUGGUCUGCCGCAACAGACAGCCCCGUUGAAGUUGUUGAAAGCGACAUUGUCGUCAUUGGAGGUGGAGGUGGAGGCGCCCAUGCCGCCAUCAAGGUACAGCAGGCUGGGAAGAAGGUGGUUCUGAUCGAAAGAGAAAAUCGUCUUGGGGGUACGUCCCGAUACAAGUGUUACUGUUACGCGGACGGAAAUUGACCAAACGUCCAGGCCAUGUCAACACAUACAAAGACCCAGCGACCGGUCAAACAUACGACUAUGGUGUACAGCUCUUCUAUAACAACACUGCCACGACCAGCUUCUUCGAGCAUUUCGACAUCCCGCUUGUGUCCGCGGGCGCGGGCAGUGAAGGAGGCUCGCAAAACCUAUACAACUUCGCAAACAAUUCGGAUUUCCCUGACAGUGUUCCCAAUCAACAAGAACUCCUCGCAGCUGCCUUCAAGAACUACAGCGCCCAGCUCGCCAAGUAUCCCUCGAUCGUCGACACGUAUGAUCUCCCUGACCCCGUCCCAGAAGACCUGACCAUCAGCUUUGGCGAUUUCGUCAACAAGUAUGGCCUCGCCGCUCUGGUGCUACCGGCCUCGCUCUACAACCAGAUUGGCAAUGUCUUGGCGCUGCCUACGCUGUACAUAAUGAAGGCCCUCAACGCACUACAGAUCCAGGCCAUCUCGACUGGUGGCUUCGUCGCCAACGGUCUUGACAACAACCAGCUAUUGUACGACAGGGUCCAGGCUGAGCUGGGAUCAAACGUCUUUCUCCAGUCUCACGUCUACCGCAUCGUUCGAAAGGAACGCGGUGUCCAAGUCUACGUGUCUACGCCGACGGGUACGAAGCUGAUCAAGGCCUGCAAGCUGCUCAUCGCCAUCCCACCGCUAGCUUCCAACCUCGGAUUCCUCGACCUCGACGCGAGCGAGAAGGAACUCCUCUCUACCUUCACCUUCAACUACUAUUACGACUCUAUUGUCGAGAACACCGGCCUUCCCGCCAACGUCACCCAAGUCAACGUCGGCUCGCUCCAGACAUUACUCCUCCCUCAAUUGCCCGACGUCUACGUCAUCCGGCCAUCCAACAUCCCUGGUAUUUCUUCCGCAUACUAUGGUAGCUACUCAUUCCAGUCCAAGGAGCAGGUCAUCGCUGCGAUCCUCCAGAGGUGCGCAGAACUUCGCAAGGCCCAAGGAUUGCCAGAGCCUCAGCAGCCUACUACGGUCUCGGAGCUCAACGAUCACAAGCCCUAUGAGCUCGUUGUUACAGGCGAGCAGAUUGCCGCCGGCUUCUACAAGAAGCUGCAGGCGCUCCAGGGUGCAAAGCACACUUGGUGGACUGGCGCAGCAUGGAGGACGCACGUCUCGAGUGAGAUUUGGGAUUUCAAUGAGAAGCACAUCAUUCCCGAACUGCUCAAGUAG